AGCGGGUCUGCGUUUGGGGGGAUUACAGAUAACGUAGCGAGUAGGCGAAUUCGCAAAGAUGGAAUCCGCGGGCAACCCCUCUGAGGUUCUGGUGGCUGAUCAGCUGCCUCUGGCUCAGAGUCCAGGAAAGGAAGAGGGAGGUCAAACAAGUGUGCAGCUCAAGGCCAUGGCCAUGAACUUUCAGGAAAACGUAACCCUGGCCAUGGCCGUAAUCACCAUCCUUGCCUCGAUCUACUUCUUCAACAAGCCUCUCCUCCUCUCCCGUGCCUCUGUAUAUCUCUGAGUCUUCCUCCCUCAGGCUCAGCGAUGAGAAGACAUGGGAUGCCUAGUCCAAGAGCAUUCCACCCUGGAUCAUGACCCUGGCCUCUGAGACCAAAUAAAUGUGACUGCAUCAGCA